AUGACCUUCAACCAGGAAUGCCUCGAGUCCUCACGAGCGGCUCUUGUAGCGCACAUGAGAGCUAGUGCAAAGUUCAAUAAAAAGGGCCAAGAAGAUCUAUGGUCGGGAUACGUACACUGGUCGGUUCUGCAGGCACCGUUCACACCCUUCAUCGUAUUAUUUUGUAAUGCCAUUCAAAAGGCAGAUACGUCCGACGUUGAUUCUGAUCUAAACUCUCUUUCCGAGUUUGUUACCAGUCUCGAAUCUUGUCGCACGCUUUCUGAAGGGGCAGACAAGCUGUAUAAGAUGUGUCACCUUUUCUUACGGGUCACCAAGCUUUACGUAGCGGCUAAGAGACAAGACGCCGCUUCACGGUUGCGGGGCGUUGCACAGAACAAACAUUCCGGAUACUAUACAACUGUGGAUGGUACACAGCUCGACCUUAGCACCAUGUCUCAGUUUGAUCCUUAUCUUAGCGCGCUCGGUCUGAUGCCUGACACCGCAUGGCCUACGACUGCAUACUCCACCACUCCGGCUUCGGCGAGCACAAAUCCAUUCGGAGAGGCCCAGGCAAUUCAGAACACGAACGAUUCUGGGUUGGGCUUCGGAGCACCGCAGGGAAACCACAAUCCUAUGCAGGACUGGUUCUCGGGAUCACGCUAUCUCUUGAAUAUGAUGGAACCAGGCGACGACCUGCAAAUGCCAGAUCUCGACUUGUAA